AUGUCGAUAACUGGAGAAAUAAUACUAGAAGAAAUCAUAUCAAGUAAAGAGGAAUUGAAAUCACUCAUAGAAGCAGUAGAGGUUAGGUUAUCUCUAAAAAUCGAAGAUCUGUACAGAAAACUGAAUAAAGUAGAAGCAGAAAACCGUCAUCUUUCGAAUAAGAUUGAGAACAUUGAAAGGAAAGCGAAAGAAAAUAAUAUAGUGAUUUUUGGACUCGAUACCAAACCCGAAGAAAUAACGCCUGAAUAUAUUUGUAACGAGCUAGGGCGACUAGUAAACGUUACAAUAAAUGAGAGUGACCUGAAUAAUACUUACUCUUUGGGUAGGAAAGAACGAGCCCCUAUCAAAGUGGAAUUUGUUUCAUACUUGAAAAAGUCAGAAGUACUUAAAAACGCAAAGAAUCUCAAAGGUACCAACAUAAGCGUAGCAAAUGACCUAACACUCAUCCAGCGAGAGGAGCACAAGAUCUUAAGAAAACACCUAAUUCUGGCGAAAACAAAUAAUCAUAUAAACUGCUACAUACGAAGAAACAAACUAUUUGUGGACGGAAAAAUAUAUUCUCCUGAAGAAUUAGAAGUAAUAGAAACUACUGAAACAAACAGACCGAAAUCAAAUAGCGAACCUGCGACCCCAAAGCGAGAUAAAGCAGUGGCAAACAUUCCCAAAGCAACAUCUGGGCAAACACCAUUUAUUCCCAAAGAAUUGGCAACCGGUUCGGGAAAAAGAGAAGAACAAUCAUCUGUGGGAGGAAAAAAAAUAAAUACUAGAGCACGCACAGGUUCUACGCAAAGCAUCAAAUAA